AUGGACCAUCCUAAUAGGGAUAAGGAUGAAAGGCAGCGGACAGCGAAAGGAAUGCCGGGAAGGAGUGGGCACGGUUCUCGGCCAAGCUCGUCAGCAUCUUCCGGCGUUCUUAUGGUGGGACCCAACUUCAGAGUGGGAAAGAAGAUUGGGUGUGGGAACUUUGGAGAACUCAGACUAGGUAAAAAUCUCUACACCAAUGAAUAUGUAGCGAUCAAACUGGAACCAAUUAAAUCCCGGGCACCACAGCUUCAUUUAGAAUACAGAUUUUAUAAACAACUUGGAAGUGCAGGUGAAGCAAAGCAGUCUGUUUACUUGUCAGGAGGUAGGACUGAGGGAAAUGAAGGUGUUAUAAAGAAGUGUGCCACUGGCCAUAGGUGGGAGAUCUGGCAGCAGAGCCAAGUGUCUGCUGAAGGGCUCCCCCAGGUGUAUUACUUUGGACCAUGUGGAAAGUACAAUGCCAUGGUAUUGGAGCUGCUUGGUCCGAGCUUGGAAGAUCUGUUUGACCUCUGUGACAGGACAUUCACUCUGAAGACGGUGUUAAUGAUUGCCAUUCAGCUGAUCUCUCGCAUGGAGUACGUGCAUUCCAAGAACCUCAUCUACCGCGAUGUCAAGCCGGAGAACUUCCUCAUUGGCCGGCAGGGCAAUAAGAAGGAGCACGUCAUUCACAUCAUAGACUUUGGUUUGGCCAAGGAGUACAUUGACCCAGAAACCAAAAAACACAUUCCUUACCGGGAGCACAAGAGUCUCACUGGAACAGCGAGAUACAUGUCCAUCAACACACACCUUGGCAAAGAGCAAAGUCGUCGAGACGACUUGGAAGCCCUUGGCCAUAUGUUCAUGUAUUUCCUCCGAGGCAGCCUGCCCUGGCAAGGACUGAAGGCUGACACCUUAAAAGAGAGAUAUCAGAAGAUUGGGGACACAAAGAGAAACACUCCAGUUGAAGUUCUCUGUGAGAACUUUCCAGAGGAGAUGGCCACAUACCUCCGCUAUGUCCGUCGAUUAGACUUCUUUGAGAGACCAGACUAUGAUUAUCUACGGACCAUCUUCACAGAGCUGUUUGAAAAGAAAGGCUACACCUUUGACUACGCCUACGACUGGGUUGGCAGGCCAAUUCCUACUCCUGUGGGAUCCGUCCACGUAGAUUCUGGGACCUCUGCAGUGACAAGAGACAGCCACAUCCACCGGGAUCGACCAUCACAACAGGCCCUUCGCAAUCAGGCGUCAUCAGAUCGCAGAGGAGAGUGGGAGAUCCAGCCAAGCCGGCAGACAAAUACCUCGUACUUGACAUCUCAUUUGGCUGCAGAUCGACAUGGAGGAUCAGUGCAGGUGGUGAGUUCAACCAACGGGGAGCUGAACGUGGACGACCCAACAGGAGCACACUCCAACGCACCCAUCACAGCACAGGCGGAGGUGGAGGUGGUGGAGGAAGCUAACUGCCUGAAAAUGCUCAACUUGUGGUGCUGCUGCUUCUUUAAGAGGAAACGGAAGAAGACGGCUCAGCGUCACAAGUGACCAGUGCCUCCUGAGCCUUGCAGGAACCACCACACCUGCAGCUCCUGCCCUGUCUCACUGGAAGGGGCUUCUCUUUAGGAGGGAGGAGGAGGAGGCAUAGGAGGAAGAGAGAAAAACUAAAACAAAACAAAAAAAAAAAACCCAAGUGACAUUUUAAACCAAAAAGAGAAGAAAAUGUUCCAAAACAAACCACUCUGGGGUUGAUCUGCUGAAUGGUCUCCCUCAGUCACUCCAAGCCUGAAGCUCCUUUUGGGACCAGGACUGUGGCUGGCUCAGGUCUUGGUCGCCCUGAGAGGGGGGCUGGCUGGCUGACCCACCUUCCUGUUGUUUACGGCGAAGGCAUCGCGUUGAUGCAAACCUGAGGACCGUGCUUAGUUCUUGCUCACUUUUCUCCCCUCCCUUCCCUGCACUCUGCUCCUCUGUCCUCCUCCCUCCUUAAUUAAGUGAAGAAAUUCCAUAGGCUCAAUUGGCUGUGGAGGGGGCAGGAGGAUGUGGGUAGGAGAAGGGCCUGACUGCUGCAGCAGGAGGAGACAGGUUCUCUCUGUGGCUCCUUGGGAACAGUUACACUG